AUGGCCAACUCAACCUCCGACGGCUGUUCCCUCACUGCCGACGAUGCUUUUGGACCAAUCGUCCAGCACUGUCGCGACGGUUUCGACUUUACUCUGACGUUUGAACAAUGUCUCUUCACCAUACUCCCCGCCUCGCUCCUCAUUCUCAUCGCGCCCCUCCGGUUCCGCCACCUCGGCAAACUCCCCUACGCCGUCAACGGCACCACGCUCUGUCUAACCAAACAGGCCGCCAUCGCCCUCCUCGCCAUCCUGCAACUGGUUCUCAUAGGUUUGUGGGUAACGCACCAUCGCAGCGACAUCGUCGUCGUCGGGGGCGGGGAAGGGGCCAGCAGCAGCGGAAGCCGCCUGCGCGCCGUCUCCAUCGCCGCCUCUUGCGCGUCUUUCGCGGCCACCAUCAUGUUUGCCGGACUCUCGUACAUAGAACACGCGAAGAGCUUUAAGCCUUCGUCCAUCCUGAAUACAUAUAUCCUCGUGUCCCUGGUGCUGGACGGAGCCAUCCUCCGCACCAUGUGGCUGUCGCACCUAAGCGUCGCCAUCAGCGCCGUCUUCGCCGCGUCCUUCGCGUGCAAGGCGGCCAUCGUGAUCCUCGAAGCCCAGGAGAAGACGCGAUAUCUCGUGCCGUCGCCAUCGUCGUCGUACAGCCCCGAGGAGACCAGCGGCAUCUACAGCCGCGGUCUCUUUUGGUGGCUUACGCCGCUGCUGCUGACGGGAUUCCGUCGUCUCCUGAAGCCGCUGGACCUGUUCGUCCUGGACGGGUCCAUGUCGGCUGUCGCGCUGAAUGAGAGGUUCUGGCUUCACUGGAACAAGUCGCCCCCGUCGAGCGUCUCGACGGCCGAUAACGACCAGCCUAGUGAAGCAUCACGAUCGUCGCCAAGGUACCGUCUCAUCAGGACGUGCAUCGUCACGCUGAAGUGGCAGUUGCUGGCAGUGGUCCUCCCCAGGCUCUUUCUGCUCGGCUUCACCAUUUGCCAGCCCCUGAUCCUGAAUCGGUUCCUCGACUUUUUGCAGAACCCGUCCGAGACGGCCAACUACGGCUACGGCCUCGUUGGUGCCUAUGGGCUCGUGUACCUGGGCAUUUCCGUCUCGUCGAGCUUCUACUGGCACGCCGCUUUCCGGUGCCUGACCAUGCUCCGGGGCGUAUUGGUCGCUGCCAUCUAUACCAAGACGACGGAGCUGCGUGUCGCUCCGGGAGACGACUCUGCGGCUGUGACUCUCAUGUCGACCGAUGUUGAAGCUAUCAUUCGUGCUUGGCGCGAAAUUCACGAGUUCUGGGCCAACACCAUUCAAAUCGCCCUCGCCACAUGGAUUCUCAGCACUCACCUCGGCUAUGCGGCCUCUGGUCCGAUCAUCGUGUCGGUCUUCGCGCUGGGUGCCACCGUAUUCCUCGCCCCCUCUGCUCAAAAGUACCAGAUCAUCUGGGUUGAAAAGGUUCAGAAGCGCAUCGGCAUCACCUCGGCCAUGAUAGGCCACAUCAAAAGCAUCAAAAUGUCGGGUCUGACCCAGAAACUCUCCCAGACUCUGGCCGAUCUCCGGCUCGCCGAGAUGCGAGCGGCGACUCCCUUCCGCGUGAUCGGCGCCGUCACGUCCGCCGUGGCCCAAGUGCCCCUGAUGAUCGCCCCCGUCGUGGCCUUUGCCAUGUACACGACGAUUGCCUCCAAAAAUGGGCAAGGCCUCGACGCCACGAAGCUCUUCGCCGCGUUGUCGUUGAUUAUCCUGCUGGCCCAGCCGCUGUUUUGGAUGUUCGAGGUCGUGCUCGACAUGAGUGCAGCUCUGGGGUGCUUCAACCGGAUCGAAAAGUACUUGUGUGAACCGCCGCGGACAGAGUAUCGAGAUUUUCCGUCGAACUCACCCGCUAGAUACUCUGGAGGUACGAGCUCCGACGCUCAAGAUGUGCGACUCCAGAAUCUGGAAAGCCGCAAAGGGCAGUUAUCAACAGAUACCAAGUCCGGAGGCACGAUCGCUAUUCGCGUUAAAGGCGUGACGUUGGCGUGGAAGCCCGAAACGGUUCUCGCCGUUGAGUUAAUGGAUUUCGACAUAUCAAAGGGCCAACUCGUCAUGCUCGCGGGACCUGUUGCAUCCGGGAAGAGUACGCUUCUCAAAGGUCUCCUCGGUGAACUGCCACACGUCACUGGAACAGUUGCCCUAUCCAGCGAUCGCAUCUCUUGGUGUGAGCAGAGCCCCUGGCUCGUUAACGACACCAUUCGAAAGAACAUCAUCUGCUUCUCUGACCUUGACCAGAAACUUUAUCAGCAAGUUCUCCAGGCGUGUGAUCUUGAGAAGGACCUCGCUCAACUCGCGGAUGGAGACGAGACAUUGAUCGGAAGCAAAGGAAUAGCUUUAAGUGGUGGCCAAAAGCAGCGUGUCGCACUUGCCAGAGCCAUCUAUUCACGCCCUCGAAUCGCUCUCUUUGACGACAUCUUCAGCGGGCUUGAUAACCAUACGGCCAGGGCAGUGUUCCAGCGCGUCUUCAGUGCCAAGAAUGGAAUUCUCCGAUGUUGGGGAACCACGAUUGUGCUUGCGACUCAGUCAGUGAGCUUUCUAUCCCAGUCAGAUAUGAUCAUCGCCUUCGAGAACGGCAAAGUAGUAGAGAAAGGAAAUUUUGAGGAUUGUCGAAAGGCUGGGGGCUACGUCUCAAGUCUCAUCUCUACCAAUAUCGAGGAACAGGACGAGAGCACCCCCGAGUCAGAAGAGCUUGCAGAUAGGACUGCUAGUGACGCCCCGGUAGAGAAGAGCACCAAGGCGUUGAAAGACCAGGAUGACAAGAGACGGCAGCUGGGAGACUGGAGCGUAUACGGCUACUACUUUGGUAGCGUUGGCGCUGCUCUCGUGGCCGUCUUGAUGGUCUUGGAGGUGACGUGGGCAUUCUUUUCUACGUUUCCGACCGUAUGGUUGAAGUUCUGGACGGACUCUCAAGCAGAAAGUCCAGCGAGCCAUAAUGCCUACUACCUCGGGGUGUAUGCCGCUUUCCAAAUCAGUGGUGUGUUGUGUUUUGCCGUACUCAUCUGGUUUGUUCUUGUUCCUGUCGCUUCAAAGUCGGGCAUCAGUCUGCACCAGCGUCUACUCAAAGCCGUCAUGCACGCGCCCCUGUCUCUGUUCACGAAAACAGAUACAGGAUCCAUCACCACCCGAUUUUCACAAGACGUAGGUCUGAUAGACAGAAGCCUUCCCCUGGCUCUGGUGAUUUCGCUCGCAAGCUUCUUCACCUGCGUCGGCAAAGCAUUUCUCAUAGCUUCUGCCUCAUGGUACAUCGCCAUCAGCUUCCCCGUCCUAAUCCUCAUCUUCUACUACAUCCAACGCGCAUACCUCCGCACCUCCCGCCAGCUCCGCCUCUUAGACCUCGAAGAAAAAGCCCCCGUCUACACCCACUUCCUCGAAACCCUCUCAGGCCUGCCCACAAUCCGCGCCCAAGCCCUCACGCACCCCUCCGUAACCCGCGCCCACGCCCUCAUAGACCGCUCCCAACGCCCCUUUUACAUCCUCCUCCUCACCCAGCAGUGGCUCACCCUCGUCCUCGACCUCGCCACCACGGCGCUCGCCCUCCUCGUCGUCGGCCUCGCCGUCCACCUCCGCGACACCGUCUCGGUCGCCCUCACGGGCGUCUCCCUCGUCCAGCUCAUCUCCUUCACGGAAACGCUCAAGCUGCUCAUCCAGUUCUGGACCUCGCUCGAGACCUCCAUCGGCGCGGUCGCCCGCAUCAAGAACUUUGCCGAGGAGACGCCGGACGAGACCGAGGCGGACGCGCUCGGGAGGGAGGCGCUGAUGAUUCGGUCUGCCGCCGGAGGGCAGCAGAGCCCAGAGGCCACAAUCGUCCACGGCUGGCCCUCCCGCGGCGCCAUCGAGAUACACAACAUCGUAGCUUCGUACGAGCAGCAGCAGACACGCCCAGAGCCCGAACCCGACAACCAAGACACCCACCCCGGGAGGACCACCACAAAAGCCCUGGACGGCAUAUCCCUCUCCAUCCCCGCCGGCUCCAAAGUCGGCAUCGUAGGCCGCACAGGAAGCGGCAAAUCCUCCCUCCUCCUCGCCCUCCUGCGCCUCCUCCCCCUCUCCUCCGGCAACAUCUCCAUCGACGGGGUCCCCCUCGACGCCCUGCCCCUCCUGCCCUUGCGAUCGGCCCUCGUCGCCAUCGCCCAGGACCAAUUCGUCUUGCCGGGCACGGUCCGCCAGAACCUCGACCCGCUGGGUUUAGUAUCCGAUGCUGAUGCCGACGCCGCCGCCGCCGAAAACAUCCUCGUCUCCGCCCUGACCCGCGUCGGUCUGUGGGACACCAUCCGCGAAAACGGCGGCCUCGAGGCCCAGUUCGCGGAAGAGGCGCUGAGCCACGGACAGAGACAGCUCUUCUUCCUCGCGCGGGCGGUGCUCAGAAAAGACGUCGGACGGGUCCUCCUCUUAGAUGAGGCGACGAGCAGCGUCGACGCUCACACGGAGCGCAUGGUCAAGGACCUCAUCCGCGACGAAUUCAAACACCACACAAUCAUCGCCAUCGCCCACAGGCUGGACACGGUCGUCGACUUUGACCGCGUCGUGGUCCUCGACAAGGGCCGCGUCGUCGAGGUCGGGAACCCCCGGGACCUGUUGAGCCAGGGACGGGGCAAGUUCAGGGAGCUGUGGGAUGCAAGUCGGCGGCAGGCUGGUGGACAAGAUGAAUGA